AUAUUUUAAAAUAUGGAUAGGAGUGAAAUGAUUGUUAUGGAUUCAGAAAGUCAAGAUUAUUUCAAUGAAAGUGUUGGAGAAUCUAUGAAUAUACAUGCGCUGAACAACCCUCAUCAUUCCUCUAAUGACAACGAUGGACAUGAUAUAUAUUAUGAUAGGAAGAACUCUAAUUAUCAGGAUUUCAGCUUGAACGAUAUAUCGUAUUUCCAAAAAGAUUUAAAGCUUUCUGAACGAAGCAACUCUGAAAUCUGAGAUUUAUUCAGACUCACCCCACAAGACAUGGCUAACGAGAAUCCGGCGUUUAGUUUCCUGAAGAGCCUGAGCCAAGUGGCUUCUGAAAAUGGUGAAGAUGACCCAAGCCCGAAGGAAUCUAUUCGAAUUAUAAAAUGCUCUAGUUAUAAAGAAAGAAAAGGAAGCAUCCGGCUAGACGAGAGUGACUCUGUAAGACUCUUUGAUGUAGAGUCCCUGCUAAGCAAAAAUGACGCCAAGAAGGAUCUAUUUCUUCAAGAUGAAAGUGCAGAUGUUAGGAAAAAUGAUCUAGGUGAAGGAGGUAAAGAUGUUCAAAUAAUGGUAGAAGAGCCCAAGUUCCUCAAGAAUGAAGGAAAAUUGGUCUUUAAGAUCAUUAAAUUUGAUAAGGUGACCAAGAAAGAGCGGAAGUGUCUCAACAAGACUAGAAGAAUAAUUACCAAAUGCUCCCAUACUUCUUCAAAAUAUUAUGCUAAGGGGAUGUGUAAGAAAUGAUACCAUAACUAUGGAAGGGAGAAGAAGGCCACAGUUUGCGGACACUCAGAUAUGCCCUUGUAUGCUAAAGGGCACUGAAAGAAAUGCUAUCUCUCAAAAUAUAAACAAGAAAACAGCUCAAGAAAAAGACCUAACACCAACUCCAAUAAACUAGAUAGCAUCUCCUACGAUAUUAGUAAAUCGUCAGUUGGGGAGAAGCUAAGUAACGAAAGCCAAGAAUUCGGUGAGCACCACUCCAAGUCUUACGAUGAAUUCGACGAUGUAUUCUAAAACAUAUCUCCAAAAUAUUGGUGACUAUUGGGUUUAGUUGAAUGCUGGUUUACAUCAAGGUUAUAUGAAAAUUCAACUAAUCCUAUUGCUUAUCUAUAUCUCUUCAAAUUAAUUAUUUCAAUUGGAUU